UGCCUGUGCAAAGUGCUGGACUGACACUCCUGGAUGCUGGAGUCCUCUCUGUCCCUAGAACAGUAUAUUUUCCAGCUCACUAAAAGGCAGCUAUCUGAAGCGUCUCCUGUGUCCCAUUCUUCCAGAAACAUGCAACAUGGCAGCAGCCAUGGAAACUGAACAGCUGGGUCUUGAAAUCUUUGGAACGGCUGAGAGCAAGGAGCAUGCUGAGGCUGAGGAGCAGCCAAAGCUGGAACCCUUCUACGUAGAGAGAUAUUCCUGGAGUCAGCUUAAAAAACUGCUCAUAGACACUAGGAAAUACCAUGGCUACAUGGUGGCCAAGGCUCCUCAUGAUUUCAUGUUUGUGAAGAAAAAUGACCCUGAAGGACCCAAUUCAGAUAGGAUCUACUAUCUGGCCAUGUCUGGCGAGAACAGGGAGAACACGCUGUUCUAUUCAGAAAUUCCCAAAACCAUAAACCAAGCUGAAGUCCUAAUGCUUUCCUGGAAACCCCUCUUGGAACUCUUUCAGGCUUCUCUAGACUACGGGAUGUAUUCUCGCGAAGAAGAAUUACUGCGAGAGAGAAAGCGCAUUGGGACAGUCGGGAUUGCCUCUUACGAUUAUCACAGAGAAAGCGGCACCUUUCUGUUUCAGGCUGGCAGUGGAAUUUACCACGUAAAAGACGGUGGCCCUCAUGGAUUUACUCAACAGCCCUUAAGGCCCAAUUUAGUGGAGACCAGUUGUCCAAACAUACGGAUGGAUCCAAAACUGUGCCCAGCUGUUCCAAACUGGAUUGCCUUUAUCCAUAGCAAUGACAUCUGGAUAUCUAAUAUACUAACCAGAGAAGAAAGGAGGCUAACCUUUGUCCAUAACGAAUUGGCCAACCUAGAAGAGGAUCCCAGAUCUGCUGGGGUAGCUACUUUUGUGCUUCAGGAGGAAUUUGAUAGAUACACUGGCUACUGGUGGUGUCCGAAUGCUGAGCCAACUGUCACCGGAGGCAAAAUUCUUAGGAUUCUUUAUGAAGAAAAUGAUGAGUCAGAGGUGGAAAUAAUUCACGUCACAUCACCCAUGCUGGAAACCAGGAGGACGGAUUCCUUUAGAUAUCCCAAAACAGGUACAGCAAAUCCAAAGGUCACUUUCAAGAUGUCUGAAAUAACAGUUGAUGCUGAAGGAAGAAUUGCAGCUGUCGUGGAUAAAGAACUAGUGCAACCAUUUGAGAUCCUGUUUGAAGGAGUCGAGUAUAUUGCGAGAGCUGGAUGGACUCCAGAAGGAAAAUAUGCCUGGUCCAUCUUGCUGGAUCGCUCCCAAACACGGCUACAGAUAGUGUUGGUCUCCCCUGCAUUAUUUAUCGCAGUAGAAGAUGAUGCUAUGGAAAGACAGAAACUAAUAGACGCUGUGCCUGACUCUGUUACGCCACUUAUUAUUUAUGAAGAAACAACAGACAUCUGGAUAAAUAUCCAUGAUAUCUUCCACGUUUUCCCUCAAACCCGCCAAGACGAGAUAGAGUUUAUUUUCGCCUCUGAGUGUCAAACGGGGUUUCGGCACCUGUACAAAAUCACCUCGGUUUUGAAGGAGAGCAGAUACAAGCGAUCAUGUGGAGGUCUCCCUGCUCCAAGUGACUUCAAGUGUCCCAUCAAAGAGGAAUUAGCAAUUACCAGUGGAGAAUGGGAAGUGCUUGGUAGACAUGGUUCCAAUAUCCGCGUGGAUGAAGCAAAGAAACUGGUGUAUUUUGAAGGCACAAAGGAUUCCCCUUUAGAGCAUCACCUGUACGUCGUUAGCUACGAGAAUCCCGGAGAGGUGAAGCGGCUGACGGACCGUAGUUACUCUCACGCCUGCUCCGUUAGUCAGGACUGUGACAUGUUCAUCAGUAAAUUCAGUAACCAGAAGAACCCGCACUGUGUGUCACUGUACAGGCUGACUGGUUCUGAAGAUGAUGUUGCUCACAGAACGAAGGAAUUCUGGGCCACCAUUCUAGAUUCGGCAGGUCCUCUUCCCGACUAUAUUCCCCCGGAAAUCUUCUCCUUUGAGAGUUCCUCAGGCUUUACACUGUAUGGCAUGAUGUACAAACCUCACCACCUACAACCUGGGAAGAAAUACCCCACUGUCCUCUUCAUAUACGGAGGGCCUCAGGUGCAGCUGGUGAACAAUCGGUUUAAAGGAGUCAAGUAUUUUCGCUUAAACACACUGGCCUCGCUGGGUUAUGUAGUUGUUGUAAUUGACAACAGGGGAUCCUGCCACCGAGGGCUUAAGUUUGAAGGUGCCUUUAAAUACAAAAUGGGUCAAAUAGAAAUUGACGACCAAGUGGAAGGUCUGCAGUAUUUAGCAUCCCAGUAUGACUUCGUUGAUUUAGACCGAGUUGGCAUUCAUGGCUGGUCCUAUGGAGGAUACCUGUCUCUGAUGGCGUUAAUGCAGAGGUCAGACCUCUUCAGGGUUGCCAUUGCCGGAGCACCAGUCACACUGUGGAUAUUCUAUGACACGGGCUACACAGAGCGUUACAUGGGACACCCUGAUCACAACGAGCAGGGAUAUUAUCUAGGAUCAGUGGCCAUGCAAGCGGAGAAGUUUCCUUCAGAACCACACCGUCUGUUGCUGCUGCAUGGCUUUUUGGACGAGAAUGUUCACUUUGCACACACAAGUAUAUUGCUGAGUUUUUUAGUGAGGGCUGGAAAACCGUAUGAUUUACAGAUUUACCCUCAAGAAAGACACAGCAUAAGGGUCCCCGAGUCUGGAGAACAUUAUGAACUCCAUCUGCUGCAUUAUCUGCAAGAGAAUCUUGGCUCUCACAUUGCUGCCCUGAAGGCAAUGUAAUUGUGACCUCUGUGGAACUCUGAUACACUGGCUGCUUAACCAAAUGAGGAAAUUGAUCUUUAGAGAAAAUAGAACAGAAUGUUGCAUUUUGGUGCCUGCCACAUCUGCACACACACGCACACACAGACACUUUUUUUUUAAGUAAACUAGGUGCCAUACAAGGAAACUAGAGUACAAUGGCCUAAUAAUUUUUAAAAUGGGAAUAAAAUCAAAUGUCUGUGGCAUGCAGCAGUGCCAUGCAAAUUCUUUUGGAAGAAGCUGGAAAUUCAGUAACACAUUUCCACCACACCAUAUCUUCAGCAUCUGAAAACACUGAGCUGUAUGAGUCUAACUGGUGUAUUUUUUUUACAGUGUGUUUCUCAGUUUCUUACAGCAAGGUAAUAUUGGAUGAUUCGCUCACUCAUGGCAAAAAUCUGUCUGGUUACAACUUGGAUAGCAUUUAAAAAUGUAAUGUGUAAUAGUUUAUGCUUUGUGCAAGGGAUGUCUGGCUCAUUAGGAAUUAGCUGCAUAUUAGACACAUAAUAUAACCAGACGUUGGGGAUAAUUAUUUUUAAAAAGAAAAACUUUUUUAGCUGCCUCCUGAAGAAGAUUAUAAUUUGGUUUUAACUAAGAUCAGGCCAGUUUUUUCAGUGAGCUCAUCUCUGUGUAGUGCAAAUCUUGCUGCUUUUUUUCUUUUGUAGCGUGAUAAACAGCUUGUACCUGAUUUCACACAGAGAGGUGAAAAAUGUAUUUUACAAUAACAUGGGCAGAAAAGUUAGCCUUGUAUGCUGAGACGCAAACUAGUUUUAAGCCAAACAGCUGAAACUUGGUAUAUUUCUCAUAUUUUAAAAAUACUGCCUAUUCCCAUGGACUUAUCUCCCAAUGUGUAUUUUGGAGCUGUUUUCAAAAUACUUUCCUAUCUCAGCAGGUGGGUGUAUAAAUAUUCCCCCACUAAGAUUUUAAAAUUCCAACACCUAAGUGCAAGUCUCCACUGGGGAGUUGGUAAGAUGGGGGCCUAUCAACACUACAUUGAAGCAAUGCAAAUGGUGUUUUAUUAAUUUUUUUGUUGUCAUUAUUCUAGCAUUAUUCUCAGAUCAGUAUUGAGAGUGUUUAUUGUCUUUGUCACCCUACUACCAUGUAUAUAUACACACAUACACAGACUCCAUCACCCUUGAGUCGUCUCUAGCACUGCGAUGUAGCAUGGUCGUAUGCUGUCCUCCGAGAGAAACCCUUGUCCGUGUUGCUUAAGGUAGUGCUGCUAGAACCUAGCACCCUGCAAUGUAAAAUCACAUUAAAGCACAAUUUUCUUUGCUAGUGUGGUUUUAACUGUGAUAUGGACUUGGCUGAAAAAUGUGAAGUGCUUGAAAAUACUUUUAACUUUCAAAAUGUUGCUUAAAAUAGAACUCCAUAGUCAAAUUAUUACUUUUAAACCAGAAAACUGUGCCUGGGGUUUGUGUUAGCGUCCCAUCAUUUUUAGGUACUUUCUUUUAAAAAACCAAGAACGUUUUCCCUUCUAUUUUGAUGCUACAGAGAGAAAAGCAGAGCAAGAUUCUCUUUUUAUCUUUUGAAAUCUGGAUGCUCUGUGGCUUGUGUUCCUACUUGAAAUACCCCACAUAUUGUAGCAAUGUGCUUUAAUAACUUUUGUAGGUGUAUGAAUGAUCAGCGGAUCCUAGAACUCUAACAUUUAAAACAAUAGGCCCUGAUCUUGGUGUUCGUGACACUGGUAUUAACUGGGAAUAACUCCACUGGAAUCAAUGGAAUCACCUGGAUAUAGGAGCUGUGUAAGAGACAGCAGAAUCAGGUCCAUUGGCUUAUGCUAAAGGUAGUCAAAGCAAACACUCUUCCUGUAAGCAUAUACCAUUUUUUUUUCCCCAGAUCACACACAAUUAUUCUGAAUUGGACUGAUGAUAUUUCAAGUCCUGUAAUUUACACCAAUAGCAUAUGGAAAAUAGGUUUAUAGGUUUUUAUUUUGGGCAACUGGGGGAAUGUAAGGGGCCCAAUACCUACACAGUUUUCUCUGUACCAACAAUAGCUAAUUAUUGUAACUGAAGUGAAUUCCCUUCAGAAAAAGCCGGCAUUUUCAGCCAUCCUAUGGCAUGUGCUGUAGUUAGUAUUUACAGACAAGCUGGUACAUUGAUAAGCUUGAAGAAUAACAGUGCGCCAGUUAGUAUAAAAACUACAAAUUUGUUACUAUGGUAUCCCACUUGGUUCUUUACGUAUUUAUGCUGAGGUGUGUAUAUGCAUAUAUCUAUGGGUAUGUCUGCGCAGCAAAAGAAAACCCAGGGUAGCAAGUCUUAACAGCCCAGGUGAACUGGCUCAGGCUUGCACUGCACGCUAACAAUAGCAGUGCAGACAUUCAGGCUUUAGAGUCUGGGACUCGCACUGCAGGUUCUUUUGUUGCUGUGUAGACGUCCCCUGCAUCGGUCCAUAUAUACGUAUAUGUAUAAAAUAACACAUGGAUGGUAUCACAUUUUCCAAGAUUGUUUAUAUUUUGUUCAAUGUUAAAUUAACUUGCAUUUGGGGGUGUAUUUUUGUUCCUCCUCCAGAGAUUCUCUCUUGAAUAUAAAUGUGUAUGAUUCUGAAGUAAAAAUCAAUUCUUUUGUACAGAAUGGGCUCUAUGGAACAGUGCUUACAGCAAAGGUGGAAUUAAAUGCGAUUCUGGUAAUCAGAUCUAGAUUUUGGUUUAGCACUGAACAUAACAUUGCUUACAUGUAACUUUUUAAUAAUGCAGUCUCUCUUUAUUUUAAUAUAUAUCAGAAAACUAUUAAAGUACCAAGUAUGUCCUCUGUUUUGCAACAUAAAUUAUGUUUUCCUUUUCUACAAAAAUAAUUUCCUUUACAGCUAUCAGGCACUUUAAAACUCCAUGUUUUCUUUCAUUGUGAAAAUGCUGGAAGGAUUUACUAUCAGUAUUUAAGAUUUCUGUGCAAAGGAUGCUUGCCACAUGUAACGGUAAUGAAAGGUAUAUCCCAUAGGGUCUGAUCCAGCUCCCAUUGACGGUAAUGACCGAAUUCCUGUUUGUUUAAAGGGGCACAAUCAAGUACACAGGGAAUGAGCACUGCCUUGUGUAAUACUAAGUGUGAGUCCAUCAAAACUGGAGACGCUGCUUACUAGAUAAGAAUACUAUAUCGUGCUUGGUUUUGGUGGGACAAGCCACAGCUAAGAUCUGCAGUUCUGCACCUGUUGCCAACUGUAAGCCAGUCUUCCUAUGCUACAGUUCAGUAUCAGUCCGGAGUACUGUAUACGAUGGCAGUGUUACUGCAGUGUCAGUCUGGAGUACUGUGUAUGAUGGCAGCGUUACUGCAGCAUUUUGGAUGCUUGGAAUUGCCUAAAGCCAAGUCCAAAAUCUCUGGACUGAGGAGAUGGCAUUUUCACCCAAGAGGAGUUGAGUUGCCCAUAAUAUUUUACAUUUGGAUUUAUUUUAAAUUGUUUUUGUUUUGUGGACUUACUUUCAAAAUGGCCAAGUUGUAAUGUUACUUUAAAUGUUAAGCAGGGCUUGUGAACUCCCUAGACAGGAAGUAUGAGAACAGAAUAUUCCAUGGAGGAGAGAUCACCACCUUGCCCCACGAAAUAAAUCUCUAGCUGGGAAUGUCUGAGGGGAUGUCUACAUGGGGAUAAGAAAACGCCUGGAUGGCCCAGGUCAGCUGACUCAGGCUUAUGGGGCUUGGGCUCCGUGGCUGAAAAAUGUCUGUGUAGAUGUCAAGAGUCCCAGAGCUUGAGCUCCAGCCUGAACCCAAACGUCUGCACAGAGAUUUUUAGCACUGCAAGCCUGAGCCAAAUGAGCCCACAGUUUUUUAUCCCUGUGUAGACAUACCUUUUGAGUUCAGCGGGGUUACUCCCAGCAAUAACCACUACACCUAGUGAUGUAUGAUAGCAAGAGUGGGUCCUAAGUGUUGAAUGUAAAUCUCUUUUCUAUGGCUGCAGGUAUCUUUGUAUCUUACCACCCAGUCCUGUGACUAGUAAAAUUACACAUUUAACUUUUGCUGAAAAACAAUAGAGUAUUUAUUAAAGGCUGGGUUUUGAUGACUGAGGGACUAGUGGUGUUGAAUAGGGAUGCCAAUAUAUAUAUCUCUUAUGUCUGUUUUCAUUGUUUGGAAUAGUGUUUGGUUGGCUUCAGUGGGGACAGAUUCUAUGGUGUAAUGUUUUGAAGUGCUUUCCGUUACUUAAGGAAAUCUUCCUUUUAAUAAAGAAUAGGGGGGAAGGCAAGGAACAUUUUAGAUUGGGGCAAGUAAUCUGCAUUUUUUCCACAUUUCCAAAUAUAUCAUUUGUAUUCAUAUAUAUAUGUGUGUGUAUAUAUAUAUAUAUAUAAGUAUGUAUUACUCAUUGCCUAAAAUGACUUCAUUUUUAUAAACUCUGUUUACUGUCCAAUAUUAAUGAAACAAUUAAUUCUGAUCAGCAUGUGAAGCUUUGAAAAUAAAUUACCUUAAUUAUACUAAAAUGGAAAAUGUAUUCCCUGCUAAUAGAGGCAUUUGGGGAUAGUGUUAGCAAAGACUUUCCGGAUGGGCUUGACGCGUUGGAGGUUUAACUCUUUAGAACUGUAUAUGUGUGGUGUGUUGCAUCUAGCAAAGAAUCCAGCUGUGACAUUAACUGACAAAAUAGGGUCCUGAGACAACCUGUCAGAGUAAAAUAAUUGAUUGUGUUUCUUGCUGAGCUCUGUGUUCCAUGUGGAGAGCAGUAUGUUUUGCUGCUAGCAUGACACUGAAUAUUGAGAAGGCAAUGACAAGGUGAGGGAAAAUCAGCCAGAUUGCCUGUUUACUUGAGUUACCAGACCCCUGUCAAUACAAGUACUGUAUCCGCUGGGGUGCUUUGGGCUGCCCUUCUGAAAGGACAGGUCUUUCUGUGGUUUUUAUUUUGAUGUUCUGCACAGUAGAAGUUCAGGUGUUUAACCGAGAACAUAAAGUGCCUGCUGUUUAAACGUUGACUUGUAUUAACAAAAUUGCAUGUCUCACACCCAGUGGGUUUCCCUCCAUUUCUAGCUACAUGGCUUUUCAUCAUGUCAAGUGGAAACUUUAGUUUUUUGCCGCGUUUUAUUACAAAUCCUUUUUGUUGCAAUAAAGAUGCUGCUAAAUAAAUUGAACUAAAUGUUUUUCUA